GUCUUGUUUGAGAGUAGUUUCUUCAAAAGACUCUUACAUUUUUGUCGAAAUUCACUCGUCUCUCACACGCAAUUUCAACUUCUUACACGAUCGAGACGCGAUGAUACUGGAUAGAACGACUUUCUCUCGGGCUCUGGGUGAGUUUGCCGCCACGGCGCUUCUGAUGAUAGUCGGCUGCAUGGGAGCGGCGAUGACCUUUCCGGAGGAGACUGGAUUUUUGGUUGGCAGCCUUCAAUACGGACUGACUGUGGGGAUAGUGGUGCAUGUUUUCGGCUGCGUUUCGGGUGCCCAUACCAAUCCCAGUGUUUCGAUUUCGUGCUGCAUUCUCGGCCACAUAGCCGUCGACAUGAUGCUGGUCUAUGUGGCCUGUCAGCUUGCCGGCGGCCUUGCCGGCUAUUACUUUCUGAUGGCGAUGCUGCCAAAGGAUGUCAUAGACCAGAGCUACCCGGCUGUCUGUCUGCAAGAACCGAUGGCCGACCUGUCUGACUUUCAAAUUUUAGCCGUUGAGUUCACCCUUACUUCGGUGCUUGUCCUGGGCUGGUGCGCUCAGUGGGAUGUGAGGAAUGGCAGCUGCCUCGACUCGGCCCCAAUUCGAAUGGGACUCUUAGUGACUGCUUGUGGUUUUGCUGGGAACCAACUGACGGGAGCGUCUAUGAACCCAGCCAAAACACUCAUCCCUUUGCUGUUUCACGACCAUCGAGGUACAUUUUAUCCGCAACUGGGUGGUCAGACACUGGCUGCUGUUCUGGUUCCAUUUAUUUGGCGCUAUGCCCUUACUUCUAACGCUAAGCCUAUGAAAACGACCUCAAGACGUCCGAAGCGUACCCGGCAAUAUUAGAACUUACAGACUAUCCGCUUUCUUCUGUUUCCCUUCCCAUAAGUUUACUAAUCGAGUUAUAUACCAACUAUACUUACAACUCAAUAUUACCGAUAGAAUGCUGGAUCCUCUGGGUUGUGGAAAGGAACGCCACAUCAAAAGUAGCUGUUGGGUUCUCUGUCCACUAAU